UCUCAGUGACACUCAUACUGGAUCCAAGCACUCACACAGGGUGGAAACACACUCUCUCUUCUUAGAAAACACACCCGAGCUCGUUUUCACUCGAAACCUCCAAGAUGCCGUGCAUCAGCAGUCAUCUCGACCAGUUGGUGAAGCUGCCUGCCAGCUACAGUGAUGUGAUUGAAAAGAUCUGCACGGUGGAACACAUCCUGUCCGAGUUCAGGUUGAACAAAGAAGAGCUGGAAGAAGUUAUGAAGAGGAUGCAGCACGAAAUGAACCGAGGACUUCGCUUAGAGUCCCACGAAGAGGCCAGUGUGAAAAUGCUUCCAACCUAUGUCUGUUCCACCCCAGAGGGAUCAGAGGUGGGAGAUUUCUUGGCUCUGGACCUUGGAGGGACGAACUUUCGUGUAAUGCUUGUGAAAGUAGGUGAAGAUGAAGAGGGGAGCUUCAAGGUGGAGACGAAGAACCAAAUGUAUUCGAUUCCUGAAGAUGCCAUGACAGGGACUGCUGAAAUGCUGUUUGACUACAUAGCAGAGUGCAUGUCUGACUUUUUGGACAAACACCACAUUAAGCACAAGAAGCUUCCCCUGGGUUUCACCUUUUCUUUCCCUGUUCGACAUGAGGACCUUGAUAAGGGAAUCUUGCUUAACUGGACCAAAGGUUUCAAGGCCUCUGGGGCAGAAGGGAACAAUAUUGUUGGUCUGCUCAGAGAUGCAAUCAAGAGACGAGGGGAGUUUGAGAUGGAUGUAGUCGCCAUGGUGAAUGACACAGUAGCUACCAUGGUCUCCUGCUACUAUGAGGACCGAAGCUGUGAAGUUGGGAUGAUUGUCGGCACUGGCUGUAAUGCUUGUUACAUGGAAGAGAUGAGGACAGUGGAGCUGGUGGAAGGGGAAGAGGGCAGGAUGUGUGUGAACACGGAGUGGGGAGCGUUUGGAGACAGAGGCGAGCUGGAGGAGUUCAGGCUCGAGUACGACAGAGUGGUGGACGAGGCCUCAAUCAACCCCGGACACCAGCUGUAUGAGAAGGUGAUCAGUGGGAAGUACAUGGGGGAGCUGGUGAGGCUCGUCCUGAUGAAGCUGGUGAACGAGAACCUGCUGUUCAAUGGCGAAGCCUCAGAGCAGCUGAUGACACGAGGAAGCUUCGAGACGUGCUUUGUUUCGCAGGUGGAAAGUGACUCUGGGGACAGAAAGCAGAUCUACAAUAUCCUCUCUUCGCUGGGUGUUCUUCCCUCUGAGCUGGACUGCGACAUCGUGCGGCUGGUCUGUGAGAGCGUCUCCACUCGCUCUGCGCAUAUGUGCGGCGCUGGCCUGGCCGGGGUCAUCAACCUGAUGCGGGAGCGCCGCGGCCAGGACACCCUCAAGAUCACUGUCGGGGUCGACGGAUCUGUCUACAAGCUGCACCCAUAUUUCCGUGACCGGUUCCACCAGGUCGUCAGGGAGCUCACUCCUCACUCUGAGAUAACCUUCCUGCAGUCGGAGGAGGGCAGCGGGCGUGGAGCGGCUCUUAUCUCAGCAGUGGCUUGUAAGAUGGCAUCAUGCAUCUAAAGAGAGCCGUGCACUGAAGGACAGUCGAGAAAGCUCUGAGUCUGGAUGUUGGAGAAGUCCUUUCCGAAGAUCUGCUGCAGAGAAAUG